UUGAUGGCUUACACCGAUAUACAUACCAGCAAUGAAAUGUUUAUUUGCGUUUGCAGCUGCCUAUUCUAAGCUGCAGGACAGUUAAGUACGGGGGUCCUUCCAAGUUCCGAUAUAUCAUUCUCCCAGAGAGAAGGCCGUAAUAUCUUAGCUUCCAGAUUCCAAGGCUUCGUCUCCGAUGACUGCGCGGCUAUAGAGAAAACCUCGGGCGCUGGCAUGCAUCAGUGUCGAGGAUAAAGAUCCAUCAGAUGGCCAUGGAUGGUCCAUCUUGCAGAUUCAUCUCGUGGUUUACAUGUUUUGCAGCUUGUAUUCUCCUGGAGUCCAUUGUUUCUGCUCAUUCAUGGUGCACUCCACAUCCUAGCCCAAGGCAAGAAGCAAGGUUCGAGCAGAAGACAAACAGGUUCUGGGAGUACCAGGAACAGAGUAAUACUUGGGUGGAAAUAAGCACGCCGUUCGACUUGAUGUCUUGCAUCAAUGGUACCUGCACAAAGGUAGGAUCAAUCGCAAGGAAAUCUGCCAGUUUUCCUGUUCAUAGUCAAGAGAAGGAAGAUGCAAGGCUUGAUGAAGAAGAUGAAGAGGACAGAAAUGACCCAGUCCUGCCCGUAAGGAAAAGAAUUUCCUUGACAAGAAUGUCAGAGUCAUCAGUAUGGGUGACAGGCCAAAGCGGGUCGAUCUACGAGAGGUUCUGGAACGGGGUGAUGUGGGUGAUCGCUCCUCAUGAACUCCCUACUUCAGCUGGCUAUGCCACAGCGACUUUCAUUGUGAAUACAACUAUCCUUGCUCUGUCGGAGGCUGGAAUCCUUUACCAGCUACAACUAAAUGAGCAUGCCCAGCCUAUAUGGACAGAGAUGACUUUCAACUCUGACCAGCAAUUCACAAACCUUGGAUCGAAAACACAAAGUCAAACUAUGCGUAUAAGAAAUGGGAUUGUAUCCAAUGACGGGAGGAAGCUUUUCCUAUCUAUCAUGAAUGGGUCCCUACUUGAGGUCACAGAAAUUCAGCCUCUAAGGUGGAAUUACCACGGGCGUCCUCCAGGAGGAGAUGUAUCAUAUAUAUCUGAUGCUGGAAAUUUGCGACCAGGGACUUUGUUCACAGUAAGUUCCACUGGAGACCUAUACGAGUUUGACAAAGAAACGAAGCCAUCAUGGAAAAAGCACAUCUGGAGUGAAGAACUAGCAGAACAUAUUUCAUUAAGCUCAUCAGCUGGCUGUGCUUUGCAUGGUUUGUCAGGGUCUAACUCAGUGUCCCUUCUCUUAAUAUCCAAGGAUGGCAUUUUAGUGGAGCGGCGAUUGCAUAGAAGGAAGUGGAAGUGGGAUAAACAUGGAGCUCCUAUGGGUCAGAGACUCAGUUCAGUUACAGAAGUUAAGCAGGAUGAACUCAGUGACGCAACUUCUAUGUUUUUUACGACAACCACAGGAAAAGUAUUCGAGUAUCAGAUUCCAAAAUAUACAGGUGGGGCUCAAAGCAAUAAGAUAAGAGGGCAAUGGCUGAAUCACAUGUCCCCUGAGCAUGCAAAGGUUGCAAGAAACGUCCGAGGUGUACAGGUUCAAGUUGGCAGAAUGAUAUUCCCACUAGAUGAUGGUAGGCUUGGGGAGCUACAUUUUUCUGGGAUUGGAGGUGCUGAUUUUGGUCCGAGUCAGCAAAAUACCAUAAGAAAGAAACUAUCAAACAAGUAUGAGUGGUCCAUCCUCGAUGCACCAGAAACAGAAGGUUGGAAUGCAGAAUAUUGCACCGAAGAGCAUGGUCCUACCAAUUGUAUUACUGGAGCAAAGAGUGUAGCUACAGACACUGAACCAAAUGACUUGAGCAAUGCCCAACCUUCCAGAAGGCGCAAAGUAGAAGAGAAGCAGCACUACUUAGAUGUCAACAGACACCAGAGUGAUGAGACUGAACCAUACAACUUUCUAUCAAGAAGCAUUGAUCUUAACUUCCACAUGCGAGUCAUGCAUGCAGACAGAUCACUUUUUCUUAUAACUGAUAAUGGUUUGACGUUUGAAUAUCUAAACAGCAAUGGUAUUUGGUUGUGGUUAAGACAUGAGCACACUACAGCCAUGAAAGGUACGCUAGGAAGCUACAAUGGCAGCUUGUAUCUUGUCGACGUGCAUGGGAACUUACAUAUUAGAGAAAGAAAUGGAGAUGAACUGUUGUGGAUUAACUGCACAGCAAUGAAGAAGGGAAGACACGUUGCAAGUGGAUCUCCAUGGGAUGGCAUCCCUGGUCUGUUGCGCAGAAUGACAACAGAUGACACGCUCUUUUUUGUUAACAAGCGAGGCAGGCUGCUACAGUUCAUGACGCAUGUGCAGGUUGCAUUGCGGAAAUUCAAGUGGAAGGACUGCCACAGCCCUCCUGACACCAAGGUUGCAUUCAUAGUGGACCAGGAGGUCUUCAGAAGAAACAUCAUCUUCGUGGUAGGGCGCAAUGGCCGCCUGUACCAGUACAACAGGAUCACAGAGUUAUGGCACAGGCACUACCAAUCACCUCACCUGAUCCUCUCGCGAUCCCCAGGGACAGCCAUGCGACCCUCGCCCCUGUCCUUGUCCGGCUCCCUAUUCAUGAUGUCCGAGCACGGGGGCCUGGUGGAGUACCACUUCAGCCCGCAGGACGGGUGGGAGUGGGUGGAGCACGGGACGCCGCACCGGGACGUGACCCUCGUCGGCGCCCCGGGCCCGUGCUUCGACGGUUCGCAGCUGUUCGUCGUCGCCUCCGACGGGCACGUGUACCGGAGGCACAUGGAGGGGCGGACGUGGAGGUGGACGUGCCACGGCCACCCGCCGUCGGAGCCGGCCGCCGCGGACGACCACACCUGCGCCACGCCAGGCGCGGGCGCGCAUCACACUGACGGCUUCAGCGGGAGCUGCGACGGGAAGGUGGCGGCCGUGCGGCCGGUGCCGUUCUCGGGGGACGCGGUGGUCUUCGAGCUGCGAGACGGCCGGUUGGCGGAGCUGCGGCGGCCGCCCUCCGCGGAGGGGUGCGGCGGGUGGGAGUGGGCCCGGAUCAUCAGCACGCCGACCAGCGCCGGCAUGACCAGCUACUGGAGGGCCGUCGCCACGUAGCCGCCGCCGGCCACUUUGGCUCCGCUGCCGGUCGGAGUACCCGGUUCAUAUAGCGAGCCGGAGGUGGUGGAGUUCAAAAUUUGAAAAAGUUGAAACAAAGUAGAACCAUCGAUUUGCCACUCGGAGGAAAAGAACUGUGCUGUGGGCCGUGGCCAAUCCGUUCCGCGUGGACCCAGGCCGGUUUCCUGAUUAGAAUUGGGCAUCCCAAGCUAGGAAGCAUGGAAGGCUUCAGAAAACUCAGCUUAUGUGUAUUCUUACAUCACAUUCUAGCGAGAACUAGUGAGUAACAGCUUUGUGUUAGCAAUGUAAUUUUAUCUUAAUUUCGUAUGUGCAUAGAGUAUUUUUCCUGUCAUAGGGAUUUCAGGUUGGAGGCCACUUAACUGCAAGACGUAAUAUACAUGAAAAAAGAUCAAAAUAUUGUACUGCAUUGAGUCUA